UGCUGUGUGGCUGCAGCAGAAGGAGAGAGAUACGCACACUGGAGGGCUGUUUGACCCUAUUCUCUGCGGGGAUAUUCUUUACACUUGCCCCGCAUUUUGUUGGUCACUGACUACCAAUGGUCUUUUUCUUUUUUUGCUCUUUCCCCCUCCAACACUGGAUCAAGGAAUAAUUAGGAAUAAUUAGCGGGUGAUGUUGAAGAGCCCUAAGAAGGAUGACAUCUGGGUGAAUUCUUCGUCUUUAGAGACAACUUGGGUCCGAUACGGAGGACGUGCGCCGCGCACUUGCUCUUUUGGAUUACCACAUUACCACCUUAUGUUGAAUUUGUUCAUCAUGAAUCGGGCCGGUAAAUAAAUUUUAAACCCUUCGCCCACUCGCUCCCCUGUCGUCGCCCCGCCUCGUACCCCGAUCCAGAUGAGAGAUCCCCCCGGUGGAGCUGAAACGCUUUUACGCAGCCAGUCCCCGGAGCGCAGCGCCACCGACGCCAGCGGCGAUCAACAGCGGACAGGAGCGGAGAAAUCCUGCGCCUUUAUCCCCUCGUCCUCUCCUUCUCCCUCGGAUCCCUCACGCCAAGCAAAGAGGAUUCCUAUCCGUGUAGUAAAGAUGUUGACGGCGCACAGCGGCCACUUGCUGCACCCGGAGUAUCUCCAACCCCUCACGUCUGCGCCAGUUAGCAUUGAACUGGAUGCCAAGAAGAGUCCUUUGGCUCUGCUGGCCCAGACCUGCUCUCAGAUUGGCAAGCCGGACCCUCCCUCUUCUUCCAAACUGGCCUCCCUCUCCUCAGGCAGCCUGGGAGACAAGGAGUCCUCCAGCCGAUCAUCCAAGCCCGGAGAGCAGCAUCAGGCCCUGGAGGACAAGUCCAGCUUCAAACCUUACUCAAAAUCAGCAGGCGACUGUCGUAAGGACGUUCUCGUGACAAAGGGGCCUUCAGAUAAAGCUGGUUUCAGGGUGCCAAAUGGAAGCACCAAUGCAAGCGGUGCUUCAUGUUCGUCCUUUCCUCCUCAUGCCCAGUCGCCCAGCUCCAGCUCCCCUCCCUUGCACACUCAGAGCCAGCCCCACAGACAAAGCCAUUCCCCCUCCACGCAGCCCCCGCCACACUCUCAGGCCCCACACACGGACAACAAGCCUGGGAGCUCGGAGCAGGCCAGCUCAGACAGUAACGGCAGCAAUGCAGGGAAGAAAGACUCAGAUGCCAGUAAGUCAGGGAUGGAUGGGGCACAGCUAGCCAACUCCAGCCACAUACGGGCCAGCGCCAACUCCAGCAAUGCCAGCUCUGCCAGCAGCCCGCGGCCAGAGAGCAAAGCUGACCCUCAGGCCUCCUCUCAGCCUGGUCUGGGCUCAGGACACAUCGCCCCUGUCUCCCCCUUCAAACCAGGACACUCUGUCUUCCCCCUGCCUCCUGCGACCAUGGGCUACCACGGCUCCAUUGUGGGAGCAUAUGCAGGUUACCCCUCUCAGUUUGUUCCUGGCCUCGAUCCUACCAAGUCAAGCCUGGGGUUGGGACUUCCAGGGAAGCACCCGAGCUCCAGCCCACUGACAGGGGCUUCUCCUCCAUCCCUCAUGCAAGGCUUAUGCCGGGACCCGUACUGUCUGACUUACCCCAGCGCCCCUCACCUAGGAGGUAGUAACUGCUCCACCUGUGUCCACGAUCCCUCCAGCCUCAAGUCCGGCUUCCCUCUGGUUUACCCUUCCCCGCACCUCCACUCCCUCCACUCCAGCUCCUUGUCCUCCAGCACCACCCCCUCCCUGUCCCACCCGCUCUACACCUAUGGCUUUAUGCUUCCCAAUGAACCGCUGCCCCACGCCUGUAACUGGGUGUCUGUCGGAGGUCCCUGUGACAAGCGUUUCGCCACGUCAGAGGAGCUGCUGGCUCAUUUGCGUACCCACACGGCCCUGCCUGGCAUGGUGGACAGUAAGCUGCUGUCUGCAUACCCCUCCUCGGUGUCCUCGGCAGCUUCCUGCCACCUCCACCUGCCCCCGCCCAGCAGCCCGGGUACGCUGCCCAGCUCCUUCUCACUCCGAGGUUCUCCUGGCUUGGGCCUGGCCCGCUACCACCCCUACAGCAAAACACACCUGCCUGGAGCACCAGGCCUUCCCAUGCCGUCCCUCCCCUCCUCCUCGGCCUACUACUCCCCUUAUGCCCUCUAUAGCCAGAGACUGGGCUCAGCUUCAGCCCUGGGAUACCAGUGAUGUCUGAAAUAGCGGUUGAUGCCCAGAGACAGCAGGGACCAGUAUGGACACUUCAGAGCAGCCCAGAAGAUGGAUCCUUCAUACUGGGGUCAUCCCCAGUACAGGGCAUGGUGCCUGCCGGCCUGCCAGCCAGGAAUACCACCUGUUAGUCUCAGGAUUGUGACUGGCGCUCCAAAGGCAAGGACCCAACAGUGAUGGAUUGUCUGCAGCACAGAACCAAGAGACUUAAGUGAUUAAAGACGCCGGGAAACAGAGCUUGAAAAUGAUGAGAUUGUGGGAUUAUAGCAACGGUCUUGAUUUUGGUUUUGGUUUUGUUUUUCUUUAUGUCUGUCUCCCAGGACUGAAAAUCUGUAUUUAUUUUUCACUCAAGCGCUUGGUAUUCAACUUUUGGGGGGAAAAUUUGCUGUCCAAAUGAAUUGUUAUUAUAAAUGAAAAAAAGAAUGAUUUAAGUAUAGUACCAUUAUGCCUAUCAUACACUCUAAAAAUAAAAAUCUUGCACCAUGAUGAAGAUGGACUGUGAGGCUUUAUUCUGGGGACAUCUUUUUUAUCUUAUCUUUUCCUCUCUGCUGUUUUUUUUUUUUUCUUCUUCUACUGCUUAUUCAGACUCUGGAGAAUCGCAUGUCCAUGAGAAUUAUCUUCAACAAUGCCAUUUAUUUUUUAUUUGUAAAUAUGCAAAGAUGUAAUAUUUUUUCAAGCCUUACGUGGGCUAGCAAGCUGGGGUCACUGACACAAAUGGUACAAAGAAAAGAAAAGCUGACAUAGAUAAUAAUAAUAAUAAUGAUGAUGAUUAAAAAAAAAAAAAAAAACACUUAACGAUGGCUGUGCUAUCCAACCAACAGGGAAAGGUCUUAUUUUGUUAAAUAAAUGAUACCUGAUUGCA